AUGGUUCACCUAGUGUUGCCCACGCUCCGAGGAACUUUUAUGGUUCCUCCCGCUUUCACAUGCUCUCCGAAGCCUUCGUUUCUCCGCCGAACCCAUCAGCGCCUGGUUGAUAUUAGAAAGGACUUCGAAGAAAAAUGGAAGAAACCGGAUGCGAGCAAUGCUACUUUGGACGAUUUCGAUCGGAAGAAGACACUCGGCACUGGGUCUUUCGGGCGUGUGAUGUUGGUGCAGCACAAACAAACAAAACAGUUUUACGCUAUGAAGAUAUUGGACAAGCAGAAGGUGGUGAAGUUGAAGCAGGUGGAGCACACGUUGAACGAAAAGCGCAUUCUGCAAGCCAUCAAGUUUCCGUUCUUAGUCAACCUUGAGUUCCACUUCAAAGAUAACUCAAAUCUUUAUAUGGUGCUUGAGUACGUCCCCGGAGGAGAGAUGUUUUCUCAUCUGCGGAAGAUCGGAAAAUUCACUGAGCCUCACUCCAGGUUCUAUGCGGCUCAAAUUGUCCUUGCCUUUCAAUACCUCCAUUAUUUGGACAUCAUUUAUCGGGAUCUCAAGCCGGAAAAUCUGCUUAUAGAUGAAAAGGGUUUCCUGAAGGUUACGGAUUUCGGGUUCGCUAAGCGUGUCAAGGGAAGGACAUGGACACUGUGUGGGACCCCUGAAUACCUCGCGCCGGAAAUAAUCCUGAGCAAGGGAUACAACAAGGCUGUGGAUUGGUGGGCACUGGGCGUAUUGGUCUUUGAAAUGGCCGCAGGCUUUCCGCCGUUUUUCGCCGAAAACCCGAUCCAGAUUUACGAGAAAAUCGUAUCUGGGAAGGUGAAUUACCCCAAGAACUUCUCGGCAGAUUUGCGAGAUCUGCUCAAGAACUUGCUUCAAGUUGAUUUGACUAAACGCUUUGGAAAUUUGAGGAAUGGAGUAGACGACAUCCGUGGUCACAAGUGGUUUUCAACGACAGACUGGUUCGCUAUUUACGAGCGCAAGCGAACGCACGAGCUGUCUCACGACUUGUUUAAGCUCGAGAUUAAAAAGCGAAGCAGGUCAAACAACUGGGAGCUGAGCUGGUCGGCGACGGAACCGUGGUUUGACGCGCUUGCUCUUGCACCGUUGAAGCCCAAAAUCAGAGAACCGGGCGACACGAUGCACUUCCAGCGAUACGAAGAAAGAGAAGAUAUAUUCGAUAUAUCUUCGACGAACCUAUUCGAGCACGAGUUCCGCGAUUUCUGA